UGGUGGUCCAUCAUGAUGGCUUGUUGCAAUGCUUGAACGUUUUCGCCUUAGUAAUUUAAGUCGACAUUACCGUUUACGAACUACAGAACUGGCUCGAGACAAGAAACAAAGACAACAAUGUGUUACCGUGCUUUUUCUCGAUGACACAACGCACACCUUUCGGAUAGAGAAACGCGCCAAAGGCGGUGAUUUACUUGAACAAGUAUUUCAGUUUCUCGAACUAUCCGAAAGGGACUAUUUUGGCUUAUUAUUUCCUUCAAAACCUGGAGAUGUUGUGCGGUGGGUUGAUGCCCAGAAGCCGUUUAAAAAACAAUGCAAUAGUAUUGCAUUGGAUAAUGACGCCGUACCACUGCUAGAAUUUAGGGUUAAGUUUUAUGUAAGUGAUCCCAGUCGUUUACAAGAAGAAUAUACACGCUAUCAAUUUUAUUUGCAAAUAAAACGUAACAUAUUAUUGGGCAAAUUGCCAUGUUCACUAAACACACAAUGUCUAUUGGCAAGUUAUACAGUGCAAUCUGAACUGGGUGAUUUCAAUCCCUCGGAACAUCAGGCUGGUUACUUGAGUAAUAUGCAAUUAUUAAUGGAUCAAACUCCAGAUGCGGAACGUAAAAUAUCGGAAUUGCAUAAAUUGCAUCGCGGCCAGUUACCCGCCGAUGCUGAAUAUAAUUAUUUGGAACAUGCAAAACGACUUGAUUUAUAUGGAAUUGAUUUACACAAAGCGAUGGAUUCAAAUGGCAAGGAAUUACAAUUGGGUGUAUCCGCCAUAGGUUUAUUGGUGUUUCAAAAUGGCCUGCGUAUAAAUACGUUUUCUUGGUCGAAAAUGGUUAAGGUUUCAUUCAAGCGCAAAGAUUUCUUUAUACAAUUACGUCGAGAACCGUCCGAAAGUUAUGACACUUUAUUAGGCUUUACUAUGUCAUCACACAAACAUGCUAAAUCCUUGUGGAAAUCUUGUGUUGAACAUCAUUCAUUCUUCCGACUGAAACGACCACAUCGUUUAUCACGUUUUCUUAAUUUGAGCUUGGGAUCAAAAUUCUAUUACUCUGGACGCACCGAAUUGCAAGCUGUACAAGAAUCAAAACAACGUGCAAAAAUACACAAGGCUUUUGUUCGUUCUCCAAGCAAACGGCUAAUUGCUAUUGGGCCAGGUGGCACUACAAUGUCACCGCUAGCAAAUGGAGCCAGCGGCUCCGAUAGUAAUGGCAGUGUUUCUCACAAUGGUAAACCUCCGUCCGCUAAUGCUGCCACACAUACGUCCAUUUUAACCAUAACAAAAACUAGCCGUCCCCACCAUGACAAUAAGGUUACAUCGAAGCAAUUGGAUACAAUGCCCCGCAAAGCUUGGGAACAACAAAGUGAUGAAUAUGAUAUCCAACUUGAUACUGGCUAUAUUGACCAAUGUGGUCGUCGUUUUGAAUCUCCAGUACCAGCAUAUAGUACGGGAUCUCACAGUCCAAAUGGCACUCAAUUGGGUGCAGCCAUGAACACCUACAUGAAUGGUUGUUCGACAGCCCCCGAGAGUGGUAGUGAUUUGAUAACCAUACGUUUGUUGGCUGAUGAACAUGGUCGUUUUGGUUUUAAUGUCAAGGGUGGCAUCGAUUUGGGUUUGCCGGUUCAGGUGUCAAAAGUUGUGCCCAAUACCCCGGCUGAUCGUUGUACACCGAGGGUUUGUGAGGGAGACGAAGUUGUCCUCAUAAAUGGCCGUGAAGUUGCCGGACUGAAACACGAACAAGUUGUCAAUAUGAUAAAAGAUUGCCGCAAUACACGUACCGGUGAGUUGCUGCUCACUAUGCGACCCUGCUCAAUGGGGCCUCCACUGACCGAAGAAGAAGAACCCCUAUACCAAUAUGUACCGGAAACCGAUGAGAUUGGUUCCCAUUCAAAUCUCCUGGAUGGCGAUGCUCUCUUCACACAAAGUUUAUUGUUACUUAGCGAUGGUUUGGCAUCGGGUGCCCUACUGGCACAAUACGAAUUGAUGUACCGUAAAAAUCCCGAUUUGGCCAUAACGGAAGCAAGAAAACCCGAAAACGUAGCGAAAAAUCGUUAUCGUGACAUAUCACCAUACGACUGUACUCGUGUUACGUUGGUCAAUUGUUCGAGUGGCGAUUAUAUAAAUGCCAACUAUGUAAAUAUGGAAAUUCCAGGUGGCAUAAAUCGUUAUAUUGCCACCCAAGGUCCACUGGCCUCAACGACUACGGAUUUCUGGCGAAUGGUACAGCAGGAAAGCAGCCAUUUGGUUGUGAUGCUAACAACGGUAAUGGAAGCUGGCAGACAAAAAUGCCAUCAAUAUUGGCCAGUAACGGGCGAUGAACUGCAAUUGGGCGAAGGUUUGUGCGUUAAAUGUCUCAGUGAGAAGCCCGACGAGACGGGAAGUUUUGUAUUUCGCGAGUUUCUGUUGUGUGACAGGCGAACGGGUGAACAGCGCCAUAUACAACAUAUGCAAUAUCUUGCCUGGCCCGAUCAUUGUGUACCCUCGGAUCCGAAUCUUUUUUUGGAAUUUGUGGAACGUGUUCGAAAUGCCCGCAAUCGGUCAUUGUUGCAGGAAAUCGAAGAAAGUUUAAAACAGGUUAGACUGCUCGAUGCUGAUGCCGAUGAAAAUGGUGGUAUUAUGGGAGAACGUAAAUGUGCUGCCAGUAAUGGUGUAACUCCCGAAGAUGAGACGCCGGUAUCAACCAGUGUUCAUCAAUGUAUUAGUGCUGCUAAUCCACCUGUUAUAGUUCAUUGUUCGGCUGGUAUUGGGCGAACAGGUGUUUUAAUACUAAUGGAUACAGCAUUAGCAUUAAUGGAGGCACGCGAACCAGUAUAUCCGUUGGAUAUUGUGCGUACAAUGCGUGAUCAAAGAGCCUGUAUGGUGCAAAAUGUGAGCCAAUAUCGCUUUGUAUGUGAAUGUAUCUGUGCAGCCUAUAUGAAAAUGUCUCGAAAUAGUGCUUUAUUAUCUCAAGAAGAUGAUGAUGAUGACAUUGGUGGUGAAUAGACUAAUAUUUUUUGUGACUUUU